AUGAAUAUUCAACGCAGACUUAAGCAACAGCCAUCUGUCGCCAGCAUGAAAUUCGGCAAGACUUUCCAGAGUUACCAAACUCGUUUGCACGAGUCAUCAGAAAUCCCGUCCAGGUUCGCUCAGGUUGACUACCGAGCUUUGAAAAAGAUUCUAAAGCGAUGCCUCUCCGCACGAGCUCACAGCGACGCCAUUCCAGCAUGCGCGCUCAGCCCGUUAGAGGACGCUUCCAUAAACGCCGCCAACUCCGUCAACUCCGUCAACCCCGUCGACGUUAUAAAUUCCGUCAACUUUGACGCCGUCAAGCCGGCGGCCGGUUGUCCUCACUGCGACGACGAGUUCUUUAAGCUGCUGGAGGAGGAGCUGCGAAGCAUCGAGCGAAGCUUCACCCGCGAGGCGGCCCGUGUCAUCAGCUGCCAUAACGCGCACGGGCUGUCGGCGAUACUUUCGCGCUUCUCCGACUACAGCAAGCCCGAGGUCAUGUACUGCGCAGCGUCAAGCCUGCUGGAGCACCUCGCCCUCAGCUACCUCGCUACAAGGAAAAUCGUUAAGAAGUACGUGAAGGUGCACAGCGCUCAUAUGAAAUCCGAGCCCAGUAUUGGAGAUGAGUCGGAAGGAGCUGAGAGCCGCGGAACCGGCGGAAGCGGCGGACACGCUGAGCGACUGGAAGACAUUCGGCUGCUGCAGCAGCGCAUCCUGCGGUCCCCGCUGAUGCUGGAGCUGACUGCGCUGCUGUCGAACCUGAGCUACGCGCUGGAGCAGAAGCAACUGAAGCUGCAGCUGAAACAGCAGCAGCAGCAACAGCAGCAGCAGCAACAGAAGCAGCAUCAGGGUUGCGGUCAUGGUGAAGCAGGUUCCGGCUGCUCGCCAGCACCGCUCACCAGGGGGGAGAGGCGCGAGCAGAGGCAGCGGCAGCAGCUGUUUGGGUGCAAUCACCACCACCUGCACCGCUACUGCCAUGACCCGCGCUGCCCGGGGUUUGACUCCCAGCGCAGUAAGGACCACUGCGACCGCAAGUGGCGCUACCAGCACCUGCGCUGGCUGCACAUUCUCGCGCCCAUGCAGAGCACCUGGACGGGCGGCGGCGGGAGUGCGUCAGGUGUUUUUUCAGGUAGGCUGCCGUGGAGCCCGGGAAAGGGGGUUGCUGACGGCCGCGCAGCGGAUUCUCCAGGUGGUUUUUCAGGUGGAGGGAGUCCUGCUGGGGCGAGGGAGGUAGAGGAGCGUGUGUGGAGCGAUGAGGAGGACGGUGACGAGGAGGAAGAGGUGGAGGUAGUGCCUCUAACGGAAUGUGGGUGUAGCUUGGACCUUUUUGAAAGCUCAGCUGGUUCAUUGGCAAGAGACCAUCAGACCGAACCACAGCUCAUGGUUGCAGGUGCUGGUGCUGGUGACGGUGGUGGCAGCGGUGGUUUGGGGGUAUUUGGAAGCGGAAACAGCAUCAGCAGUGGCAGUCAAGGUCAAAGCAGCUCGGAAGGGGCGCUGAGCGCGGGGGUGGGUCAGGGCGACAUGGGCUUGGUAAACGGGUGCAGCGAUGGUGGUGGUGGUGCUGCUGCUGCCGCUGCUGAUACCAUGUGGAGCUGUUUCAGCAGCAGUGAGAGUCUGCUAGGGGGGCAGAAUGUUGGGAGUGAGAACCCAGUGGCUGUCGCCUCAGAUGGGACUCCAGAGCGAUUGCCAGGGCAGGAGCAGCAGCAGGAGGGGGAGGAGGAGGGGGAGCAGCAGCAGCAGCAGCAGCAGCAGUCAGAGCGGGCAGUGCAGGCACACCAGCAGCCAGAGCAGCAGCAGGAGCAGCAGCAUGGAGGCUCGGAGCAGGUGCUGGAGUUGCAAUUGAGGCCUGAGUUUCACGCCCACGUGGAGUUCAAGUGCCCUGUUUGCCUUGAUGUGUUCUUUGAUCCCAUUGCGUUGGCCUGCGGGCACAUCUACUGCCGCUCCUGCGCCUCAUCAGUCGCCAAGCUGGCAGCAUUUGAAAACAUCCGCAUGGCGUCGCCCCACAUCACAUGCCCCGUGUGUCGCCAGGCCGACGGCAACGGGCUGACAGAAGACGACACGCACCUCGUUCUGGGCGGCUGGCGCGGCCUCUACGAGCGGAUCUUCGGCGCGAAUCUCGUCGGCUGCCCGCACUUCGAGCGGAUCGACCACAUAGAUAUGGAUCGAAUAAAAUCCGCGCUAGACGACGACCCGUACCCGCAUUUCGAGGUGUCGCGUCGAAUUUAUAAAGAGCGACUGUUCACGUUGGGAGAGACCGAGGAGGAAUCCGCAGCAAGAUCGUAUUGGGCGUUAGAAGGGGGAGGUUUGGUGUUCCAUCGAGGGGGGUCGCAUAGACUGGUUCGGCAGGUCGUGAUUGGAAAGAAGGAUACUCUGCCGUGGUUACCCGGGACGAGGGGUCUAGAGGUGGAGAAGCACAGGGUGAAUUACCCCGGAGGGGGGUUGAGGUUUGGUGGGGGUGAAUUUAGCGAAGGAAGCAGCAGCAUGGUGCUGUGUUCUUAUGGCGAGAGCUACAGCACUCUGCAGCAGUCUAUUGGGGUGAAGAGUUUCGGCUGCCCGUUUUUGGAUAGCUGCCCGCUGAUUGAGGUCUCUGCGUGGUGCUCUGCUCUGGAGGAAGGCGAGGGGAACGACAGCACGAGCAAGGUACACGUGGCACGGGGCCUUACCAGUAAUAAAGAGGAUGCUCCUAAAGGGGACAAUGUGAUGUUAGAUCGUGCUGGUAAUGGUGGUGAUGGGGAAGGCAAGGUGAAUGGUUUGAACCCUGUCGCUGGUAACAGUACCUAUGGCAUUGCAUGUAGCAGUUCGGAUAACGGUUCUGGCAGCAGCUCAGGUGGAAAUUCAGGUGGCACUUCAGGUGGGACACGGUCAGGUGAUGGCAACAGAGAGGCAGCGGGAGGCGUGGGUGCAAACACAUCAGCAGCAACAACAGCAGCAGUCGGAGAAGCAGGAAGAGGAGGAAGAGGAAGAGGAAUGGGAGGAAGAGGAGGAAGAGGGGGAAGAGGCUUAAGAGGGGGAAGAGGAGGAAGAGGAGGAGCAGAAGCAGGAAGAGAAGGGGGAGCAGGAAGAGAAGGAAGGGGAGGAGAAGAACAAGGGGGAGGAGCAGCAGGGAGCGGAAACAGAAACAGCAGCAGAAAUACCAACAGCAGCCGCAGCCAGUUCAGAAUUCAGUUAGUGCUCAAGGAUGCUUCCAAGCAAGUUCUCUCCGUCUGGUAA